AACACACGCACACUCCCACAAAAAAACCGAAGCUGCAGAAAUUUGAAGAUCGCCGCGCAGAUUUUAAAGUUACGUUUUCCUGAGUUAAGUCGUUCUGUUGUGUUUAAAUUUGUUAAACUGGUUAGAUAUCAGUAAAUCUUGUUCUGUGGACCUAAAAGUGAAUCCUGUAUGCCAUUAGCUAACCAGUUACAGGAAACUUGAACAUGCUAGAAGACCUCGCCAAUCAAAAUCAAUCGUCGCCAUCGUCAGCAGCAAAUCAAACGAACGAAAACAGCACCAAUACCAACAACAGCACAUCCGCUGUCGUCGAAGACGCCACCACAUGCGACGCCAAACGGGGCGACGACAAUGAAGGUUCCAAGCGUCGGCAUCAAGGUCAGUCAACAUCCACAGAUGGAAGUUGCGCCAACACAGCUAAUGGUGACGAUUGCAAGCAGCCAUACGAUUUGGGUUAUUUUGUCCCAGAUCGCAUUCUAAACAACAACAGCGCUCAGAAAUCGGUCUCGCUUGUGGGCCAUUUCACGAAUUUAUCUGCAAAAGGUGACGGGAACGAUUACGCCAUCGUCGUAUUGGAAAAGAAGGCAUUUACGGAGCAGCAAUUGCUUGUCUCGUCGGUGACGAAAGCAAAUUCCGACGGCGACAACGAAGGCGAUCAGCGUUCAGCAACGUUGCCAAAAACAAAAGCCAACAGUGAAAGUGAAACUGCAUCAGUGGAAGCAUCGAGGUGCUUCAGCUUCUUCUCAUCGGCUUCCAGGUUAAAGACCGAAUUCAUCAACGAUAUCUACGGCAGCUUCCAGUGCGUGACCGAUCCGGAAAUCAAUCAACUCAAAGUAACAAUAAUCUACCCAGCCAACGAGAAGCUGAUCGUGAAAUACUCCGCUCAAGAAAUCUAUCUUAUUGAAGAAACUGCUCACGAUUAUCAGACCGUGACAUUGCCCCACUUGAACCAGGAACAGCUGAGCCUGGAGUGGCUGUACAACGUGCUCGAGCAUCGCAAAGAAAAAGAACGUAUCGUAUUCGAGGACCCAUCGGACGACACCGGUUUCAUUCUCCUGCCGGACCUAAAAUGGGACGGUAGAACCCUUGAACAGUUGUAUCUGCUAGCAUUGGUACGACCACGUGGUAUUAAAUCGUUGCGUGAUCUCACUGCUGCCCAUCUACCUCUAUUGAAAAACCUCCGGGACAAAGGAACUGCAGCCAUAAAAGAACGCUACGGUCUAGCGCCGGAUCAGUUGCGAGUCUACCUGCACUAUCAACCCAGUUUCUACCACUUACACGUUCACUUUACCUAUCUAAAGCACGAUCCCCCAGGAAUCAAGUGUGAGAAAAGUCAUCUCCUAAGCACGGUUAUUUCCAAUCUAGAAUUGUUACCGGAAUACUACCAAAAAUCAACAUUGGCUUGUGUCCUUAAGGAAACAGAUACACUGUACGCGAAGUUUAAAGCAGCCCGAAGCGGAACCGAAGAACCCGAGGCUAAAAGGGUUAAGCUAGCAGAAUAG